CAGCGUCCUGGGCCUUUAAGAGUUGGAUGGGCUGGACUGGAGAGAGCUCACACCUCUCCCCUUCUUACUGCUUCCCUCCGGCUAUAACUUGCCAGUCACGGCAGCCAGCUGCGGUAGAAGAGGGAAGGAAAAAAGCCAGUGCCAAGGGGAGCAAAAGAGAAAAGGAGCCAGGCUGGGCUUCCUGAUCGCAUAGCAUCGCGGAGCUCGGGAGGCCCAGUUCAGACACAGGACUGCUAUUCUGCACAGACACAGGACUGCUGUUUGGCCCUCCUGCCCACGAGGACCCUGGUGCCAGCCGGUGGAACAGUGGGUGAUGGCGUCCCUGCUGCAAGACCGGCUGACCACCGAUCAGGACUUGCUGCUGAUGCAGGAAGGCAUGCUGAUGCGCAAGGUGAGGUCCAAAAGCUGGAAGAAGCUGAGAUACUUCAGACUUCAGAAUGACGGCAUGAUGGUCUGGCAUGCACGGCAGGCCGGUGGCAGUGCCAAGCCCAGCUUCUCAAUCUCUGAUGUGGAUACAAUACGUAACGGGCAUGAUUCUGAGUUGCUGCGUAGCCUGGCAGAGGAGCUCCCCCUGGAGCAGGGCUUCACCAUCGUCUUCCAUGGCCGUGGCUCCAACCUGGACCUGGUGGCCAACAGUGUUGAGGAGGCCCAGAUAUGGAUGCGAGGGCUCCAGCUAUUGGUGGAUCUUGUCACCAACAUGGACCAUCAGGAGCGCCUGGACCAAUGGCUGAGUGACUGGUUUCAGCGUGGAGACAAAAAUCAGGAUGGUAAGAUGACUUUCCAAGAAGUUCAGCGGUUACUGCACCUAAUGAAUGUGGAAAUGGACCAAGAAUAUGCCUUCAGUCUUUUUCAGGAAGCAGACACAUCCCAGUCUGGGACUCUGGAAGGAGAAGAAUUUGUACAGUUCUAUAAGGCAUUGACUAAACGUGCUGAGGUGCAGGAACUAUUUGAAAGUUUUUCAGCUGAUGGGCAGAAGCUGACUCUGCUGGAAUUUUUGGAUUUCCUCCGAGAGGAGCAGAAGGAAAGAGACUGCACCUCUGAUCUUGCUCUGGAACUCAUUGACCGCUAUGAACCUUCAGACAGUGGCAAACUGCGGCAUGUGCUGAGCAUGGAUGGCUUCCUCAGCUACCUCUGCUCUAAGGAUGGAGACAUCUUCAACCCAGCCUGCCUCCCCAUCUAUCAGGAUAUGACUCAGCCCUUGAACCACUACUUCAUCUGCUCCUCUCACAACACCUACCUAGUGGGGGAUCAGCUUUGUGGCCAGAGCAGCGUCGAGGGAUACAUACGGGCCCUGAAACGGGGGUGCCGCUGCGUGGAGGUGGAUGUAUGGGAUGGACCUAAUGGGGAACCUAUUGUUUACCACGGACACACCCUGACCUCCCGCAUCCUGUUCAAAGAUGUCGUGGCCACAGUAGCACAGUAUGCUUUCCAGGUAACAUCAGACUACCCAGUUAUCUUGUCCCUGGAGAACCACUGCAGCUGGGAGCAGCAGCAGACCAUGGCCCGCCAUCUGACUGAGAUCCUGGGGGAGCAGCUGCUGAGCACCACCUUGGAUGGGCUGCUACCCAAUCAGCUUCCCUCACCUGAGGAGCUUCGGAGGAAAAUCCUGGUGAAGGGGAAGAAGUUAACAUUUGAGGAAGACCUGGAGUAUGAGGAAGAGGAACCAGAACCUGAGCUGGAGGGUGAGCAGGAGUCAGAAUUGGUGCUGGAGUCCCAGUUUGAGCCUGAGCCCCAGGAGCAGAAUCUUCAGAGUAAGGACAAAAAGAAGAAAUCCAAGCUCAUCUUGUGUCCAGCUCUCUCUUCCCUGGUUAUCUACUUGAAGUCUGUCUCAUUCCGCAGCUUCACACAUUCAAAAGAGCACUACCACUUCUACGAGAUAUCAUCUUUCUCUGAAACCAAGGCCAAGCGCCUCAUCAAGGAGGCUGGCAAUGAGUUUGUGCAGCACAAUGCUUGGCAGUUAAGCCGUGUGUAUCCCAGUGGCCUGAGGACAGACUCUUCCAACUACAACCCCCAGGAACUCUGGAGUGCAGGCUGCCAGAUGGUGGCCAUGAACAUGCAGACUGCUGGGCUUGAAAUGGACAUCUGUGAUGGGUAUUUCCGCCAGAAUGGUGGCUGUGGCUAUGUGCUGAAGCCAGACUUCCUGCGUGAUGCCCAGAGUUCCUUCGACCCUGAGAGGCCCAUCAGCCCUUUCAAGGCCCAGACUCUAUUAAUCCAGGUGAUCAGUGGUCAGCAACUCCCCAAAGCGGACAAGACCAAAGAGGGGUCCAUUGUGGAUCCACUGGUGAGAGUGCAGAUCUUUGGUGUCCGUCUAGACACAGCACGGCAGGAGACCAACUAUGUGGACAACAAUGGUUUUAAUCCAUACUGGGGGCAGACACUAUGUUUCCGGGUGCUGGUGCCCGAACUUGCCAUGCUGCGUUUUGUGGUAAUGGAUUAUGACUGGAAAUCCCGAAAUGACUUUAUUGGUCAGUACACCCUGCCUUGCACCUGCAUGCAACAAGGUUAUCGCCACAUUCACCUGCUCUCCAAAGAUGGCAUCAGCCUCCACCCAGCUUCCAUCUUUGUGUAUAUCUGCAUCCGGGAAGGCCUGGAGGAGGAUGAGUCCUGAGUUGGGCACUUCAUGGGAAGAGUUGGUGUGCUGGCUUUAGAUAGUGAGAAACACCUGGAAGGCUGCUCUAGAGAACAAAUGGAGGUGGUGAAACCAAGCUUUGGAUUGUGCAUUCCUAGGCACAGAAUUACCUCCUCUUUCCUAACAAGCAGAUCUGGGACCUCAUUUCCCACCUUUUUUCUCUCUUCUUUUCUUCCCUUCCCUUGUUUUCCUAAGCCUUUGGCAUCUUUCCUGCCCUUUCCCUUUGUGUACUCUAUACUGGAGUUCCCUUCUUUCUCUUGCUGUAGGCUCAAUCCCAUACCAACAUCUACGACUGGUAUUUCCCAUCAACUCUUGCGAAGGCAGAUUGCAACUAGAAAUUCAAAAGGGUUUGGAACAGAGAAACCCCAACUUUACUCAAAGCCCAAAGCCAAGGGAAGGACAAAUAAAGGCCCAAGGCUUCCCAGGCAAAAAUUAGGGAGAGACUUGACCCCAGGACUGUACUAUGACUCUCAAGAGAACACUGCACAGCACUCACAGUCCCCACUCGACUGCUUCCUCCUUAGCCCCAAUGGUAUAAAUACAUCUCUCUCCAAUUUGA